AUGUCGGCACUACCGCACGGAAUGUACGGAUUGUCGUGGAUAACGAGGCUGAGUCGCACCAGGUCGAACACGGCCCUGUCGCGUAUGUCGGAGGACAACGUGGACAAGCAGGGGCGCCAUCUGCUGGGCGCCACAGACGGGCUCCACCCGUCACUCAACGUCGGCACGCUGUACUCGAUCGUCACGCUCUCCGACCCGCCCACCGACGAAGCCCCCCGCACACGACCAUCGCCCGUUGCAGCGCUCCCUGAUCCACCCGUCGACGGUCCCGGGCGUCCCCCGCGACCCCCGUUCCAUCCUUCAACGCCCCUCUCCGACUUCGACGAGACCGAGUUCUGUCGCGACUAUCCCAGCGGCCACCGUCAGGAUGGCUCUGCCGUCAUACCACUGCGGCAACCCAGCUUCGCCGACCCGUACCUCUUCCCCUUGCUGGCGCGGAACGAACUGCAGCGCCUCACCUCGCUCUGGUACUACACCAAGUUCAUCCAGAACGACCACGACCUGCUCGCCCAACUGCAGGGCGCGGUCGACGUCGUCCAUGACAUCAUGCAGCAGGAUUGCACCUCCCUCGGCCUCAUGGACCACGACGACUACACGCACAUCGUCACCCGCAACCACCCGCUCUCCACCGUGCCUCGCCGGGACGCCCUGUGCGCACACACGAUCAUGCAGCGCUCGCACACCGUCUUCUCCCUCCCGAACAUGCUCGAAGACUGGCGCUUCGCCGCCUCGCCCGCCGUCCGCGCCGGCAUGCGCUCCUACGUCGGCGCCCCGCUCCUCUACCGCCCGCCCGGCACGACGGACGUCGAGAUCGCCUUCGGCGCGCUCUGCGUCUCCUCCGACGCCCCGAAACCGGCGCCGAGCGCGGUCCAGACCGCGACGCUCCGGCGGCUCGCGAAGACGAUGGUGCACAUGAUCGUCGAGCGCGCCCACGUCCAGCGGCGGCACGUCCAGGAGGCGAUGGUCGCCAGGCUCGCCGCGGCGCUCCAGGAUCUCACGCCGGGCGACCUCGUCGAGCGCCGGCUGAACGUCCUCCGCGAGUGCUACCCGAGCGGGCACGUGUCGUACCAGAUCCAGCAGGACGGCGUCGUCCGCCUCCGCGGCGGGUCGCGCGUCCCGCACGCGCAGGUGCGCGACUCGCUCUGGGAGGCGACGGACGCGACCCUCAAGGUCGUCUUGGACAACCACGCCCCCACGGACCAGGCCGUGCGCGCGAUCGUCGUGCGCGUGCCGUCCACGGACGACGCGUACCUGGUGGUGGAGACGCACGACCUGAAGACGAUCUUCGACGCCAUCGACGUCCUGUUCGUCGUCCAGUGCGCCAUGUCCAUCUCCAACGUCGUCAUGAGCGCGGACCUCAACGCGGCCGCCGCGUCCAAGGACCAGUUCCUCCGCGGCAUGACCCACGACCUCCGCACGCCCAUCCACGCCAUCAUCGCGACCGCCGAGCUGCUGAAGGAGGGAUCCUCGGACGUGGAAUCGACGCCAGGACGGGAGACGCCGCGACGCAUGCUGGACGUCAUAGAGGGCCAGGGCAACAACCUCCUCGCCAUGGUCAACAGCCUCAUCCGUCUCAACCACCUCGGGGUAGCCGACCAGUACGACCUCAGCACCUCCCUGCAAAACCUCGCGGCCAUCGAGCAGAGCGUCGUGGAAGGGAUCACGGGCUCCGCCGCGUACGCGGAGCAGCGGACCGACGUCGCCGUCGUCGUCGACAACCAGCUGCCGGCGGCGGCGGAGCUGCUCCUCACCAACGCGGCGACCCUCGGCCUCGUGCUCGGCUCGCUCCUGGGCCACGCGCUCGCGACGACGGCCCGGGGCAGCAUCCGCCUCCGCACCUCCCUCCCGGCCGACCGCGCCUUCCUCGACUUCGAGGUCGUCGACACCGGCUCGGGCAUCGUGCCCGCGGACUGGGGCCGCGUGUUCCCCUCCGUCGAGCCCUCGGCCGACCCCGACGACGGCGACCCGUCGCACCUCCGCCUCAGCCUCGCGACCGUGGCCCGCGUCGCGACCGCGCUGAACGGCACGCUCGCGCUCGUGUCCUGCACGCCCGGCCGGGGCGCCCACUUCCGCCUCCGGCUCCACAAGCCCGUGAUCGCGACCGACCCGGACCCGGAGAGCGUCCGGCACCGGAUGAAGAGGGCGACGCUGCCGCGAACGUACCACGUGCUCGACGGAGGCGGCGGCGCGGGCACGGAGUCGGUGAUGAGCGUCGCGCGGCAGCUCGGGAGGCUGGGGUUCGCCGAGAGCCCGGAGGAAGCGGCGACGAUCGUCCUCGGCGCCGCCAACACGGAGGAGCGUCCGGCGCUGGGACGGCUGACGAGCCAGUGGCAGACCGUGGUCCUCGUUUCCGAAUCGCCCGAAGAGGAGGUUGAACACCACCGCAGGCGCCUGUCCGAUCCGCGCGUGCUCCGCUGCCCGUCGCCGGUCGUCCGCGCGCGCCUCUGGGCCGUCGUCGACGCGGCGCUGCACAACUACCACCGACGCGGGGGGCCGCUCUCCGCGGAGAGCGCCUUGCACGCCUCGCGCGACUCCACGCCGUCCGCCGGCGGCGGCGACGCGCCUCGGAGGCGCGACCGGGCCGCGAUCCGCCUGCUCAUCGUCGACGACAACGAGAUCAACGUGAAGAUACUCGUGAUGUACGCCAAGCGCCGCGGGUACGCGCACGCUACCGCGCGGGACGGGCAGGAGGCCGUGGACCGGUUCGCGGACGCGUUGGACGGCAGGGCGGGGCGGCCCGAGGGCACGUUCGACCUGGUGCUGAUGGACCUGCAGAUGCCGAAGAUGGACGGCGAGGAGGCGACGCGUCGGAUCCGGGCGCUGGAGAAAGACGCCGGCACGGUUCCCAGCCUCGUAUACAUCGUGUCUGCUGUAUACGCCCCUGAUCUGUCCUUGCCCGACCUCAUCCUCAUCUCCGUUGAUCACCACCGAUUCUAUGUUCACCAGAGUGCCCUCGCCACAUCGAACAACGCCUUCGAUGGCCUCCUUGUAUUACCGACAAGGCACACAAGCGACGGCGCGGAUAUUCCUGCGGUAUCGGUGCCAGACACCGCCGAAAUUCUGAACAUCGUCCUCCACGGGAUUUACAACCUGACCUUCGCAAGCCCGCUUCCGUCGUUUGAGGCGGCAUCCAGCGCAGCAAUGCCUCUUCUCAAGUACGGAUUCGACAUUAAGCACGUGUUCGCACCCUCGACCAACCUCUUCAAGCUCUUUUCGACUCUUUACGCGCACUCCGUGCCGAUGGACGUCUACUGCUUCGCCGCGCUGUACGAUCUCGCGCCCAUCGCAUCCGUAGCGUCCAGGCAUCUCCUCUCCUUCCCUUUCUGCACACUGGACGACGCCCUCGCGAAGAAGAUGGGGCCUCGCUACCUCCGCCUCCUUCUCCGCCUCCACCUCGGACGCAAGGCCGCGCUGAAGCGCCUGCUCCUCCCGCAGCCGACGAUGCAUCCACCGAACUCGGUAUGCGGCACGGCCGAGCAGCAAACCGUGUAUAGCGCGUGGGCGUUGGCAAGCGCCGACCUCGCCCGGGACGCGUGCCCAAGCACCACCUCCCAGGAUAUUCGAAGCGUGGUGUAUCCCAUAGCCAUCGGCCUCGGGUGCGCGCAGUGCAAGCUGUCGUUCGUGGACCGGUCGUUGAGGUUGAUCGCCGAAUGGGCGGCAGUGAAGAUGACCAUAGUCACGGAAUGACUUCCGAGUCAGAUAUCCUCGCGAUGGAUGAUCCGCACGAUGAUCGACCAUGCUCAUGCCAUCUACUUACGUGCGCGCUCUCCCGAAACACAGCUUCGACGUCGAUUCUGCCGCCGCGUCCGGCAGCGUACCACUCUUCGAGGUCGCUCCACUGAAAGAUCACCGUCCCGCUGUUCGGCCAUACCAUUAUGAUACUGUGAACCACCGAGAACCGUUGAAUCCUAUGCUCGAAUGCAUCGUGGGCGCGUUCUUGGCUCACGAUGGGGCAAAAGUCGAUGCACGGUGUCUUCUCGUAGUUGCCAUGCUAAGUAAACGAGAACCGAAGUAGCCGCUCUCGGUUUUUUC